AUGGAUUGGUCCACUGGCCUUGGGCUGUUCUGUCUGCUGCUGCUAUUGACAUUGACGCAAGCCUGGAGUUUGCCUGCCGCCGCCGCCUGGUCGCCUGUUGCAGCCAGCAAAACGGCACCUGUGGCACGACAGCUUAAUGAUAUCUCACCUUACUUGGACCUGGCCUUGUGUCCCAUCCGUGGCGAGCCUUGGAGUUGUGCGCGCCAGAAGUCUGCCAGAAUUUUGGAUGUUUGGGAUGGCGAACUUAGUCUGCAGUGGCAGAAGUUGAAAGUCGAAGCGGAUCGACAGUUGAAUGCCACCAUAGAGCGACGCGGCUACAGCGCCUCGGAGCUGCCCAUCAAAGAGAAGCCAUCGACAUUGCUUAAAAAAAUUGAGAUCGGCACGAACUACAUGAAGGAAUACCUGGCCGAGACUAUGGACGGAUUUCUUGGCCGCGAGUACGAGUAUCAACAAACAACGAAAGCGGCCGUUGAUAGUGAAAACGUAGACGAUGAUGAUGAAGAAGCUGAUGAUGAAGAGCAGGAGGAGGAAGACGAUGCAGAGGAAGAAGAGGAUGCUGGUGCAGACAAUCAAACAGGCGAGGAGGAAGAAGAGGAGGAGGAGGACGACGACGAGGAAGAAACAGAUACAGAUGCUGAGCCUGAAAUCGAAAGUGCGCCAGCGGUCAGCCAACAGUUUGCCAACGAUGUGAAAAGCUCUGUGUUUAGCGGCGACAGCGCUUCAAGUGGAGUGGAGUUUAUUGAGCUGCAAGAUAGUGAGGGCAGUGCGGCAGGAGCGGUAAAGAAGCCCGGCGGUGGCAAGCGUAAGAAGAAAGGCGGCAAGCGCAAGCAAAAGAAGAAGAAGGGUCAGCAGCAACAUGAGCCAGCCACUUUGGUGGUGGUGCAACAAGCUGCGCCAGAGCUUCACGAAGUAGAUUCUGGACAUGAAAGCGGCUCCAGUGUAGUCAGUCAUGGGCAUGGCGGCGGAGAGCACAAGCCAUUUAAGCGGAAGAACAAACGCGGCAAACGCAAGCGCAAGGGACAACAUCAAGCUGUUGUGGAGCACGAGUCUAGCGAUCAUCUGGGUCUGGGUUUGCUGGACGAUCUUAUUGAUGUGGAUACGGAUGCGCUAUUGGGCGGCGGCAAGCGCAAGCAUAAAUUUUCAACAAAUUAUGGUAGAAGUAACGGAGUUACGCGCGGCAAGAAGAAGAAGAAGAAGAAGGCUCUGGCCAAGCUGGUGCUGUUGGGUUCGUUUUUGAAGGCCAAGAUCGAGCUGCUGCUGAAGAUCUUGGGCGCUCAUCUGCAAAUCAAGUUCUUUGCCAUAGCGUUAAUUGGUCUGCUGAUCAAUAUAGCGCGCUUCUGGAUUGAUGUGAAGCGUGGCGGCGCACCGUCCAAGGUUGUCUAUGUCGAACAUGCUCAUCAUCAGCACCAUUAUGAAGAUCAUGGCGAGGACUGGGGCGAGCAGGGCGGCAGCUACUGGAAGCGUUCACUGCAAACCGAUCCAUCCAUUGAGGAUACCGACUCCGCCACCGAUAGCUACCAGGUGAGGACGCAGCAGCAGCCCCAAGAUGCCCACCAUCUGGCCUAUAGAAAUCAACAUCAGUGGCAGUAACUGGAUGCCACUAAAAUUUUAUGCAACACACAACGUAUUUAUUUAUUAUAACGUAUUAUGAAAGCUGAUUAUUAAAUAAUCCCUAGC